AUGGCGGAUCCCUUAAGCAUCACUGCUUCGAUAUUAGCUGUUAUCACAGCAGCCGUCCAAUCGACAAAAUCGCUCCACGACACAAUUGUCCGCUUCAAAGGACGCGACAAGACCUUGCUCAGGCUUCAAAAUGAGAUUCAUGAUCUCGUCGGUAUUUUAGACUCGUUGAAGCAAGUGAUUGAUGGCGAGGCAUCGAUGUCCGCGCUUCUUCGGGGCCCGAUCGAAAGAUGCGGGCAAAUAUGCGGUGAAUUCGGACAUUCGAUGGAGUCUUUCAAUCAGAAAUCGAAGACAGGCUUUCGAGAUUGGACCAAGAUGGAGUUCAUGAGAGGUGAUAUGAAUGAAUUUAUAGACACGAUAUCUGGAUAUAAAUCCACGAUCUCAGUCGGUUUAUGCACCGUCACCAUGCAAACUGUUAAAGUUUCCCAGAAUGCUCUUCAAGAAUACAAUGAGAUGAUUCAGGACACAGCAUAUAAUCUCGAGGUCCAACUAUGCCGAGUGGAUGAGAAAAUGGCGCGCCUCACUAGCGACAGUGCAAACGUCUUGAACUCAAGUAUCGAUCUGAAGGACGAAAGAGAUGUCACCAAACAAUGUCUUCGUAUUUGCGAAGACGCAAAGUCGUAUAUCGAAUCUUUGACGAAUCAAGAGUCGACUCUGUUACACGAAGGGCCGCAAAGUGCUACUGAUGUCGGUCAGAGCUCCUUCGAGGCACAAGCGCUCACGCGUGAGGCGCUAGAUGAAAACCGCGAUAGCUUCGCAGCGACAAUCUGUCAACUCCGCAAUCGCCUGGAAUCCUUGAUUAUAAAGAAUGACCCUAGUGACGAAAGCGAGAGAUCCCGUUUACUAGACGAUAUCAAUGCUUCUAAGAAGUGUUUGGAGGUUUGCAAGAUGGCAAGCGAAGUUUCCACCCAAAAGAUAUACAGGGUCGGGGAGGUGAUUGCCGAUGGCGACAGCGAUCAAGUUGUGGUGACUACCUUGGCGGAUCUAUUCGAUGUCAAGAAGGCGCUAUCCAAGGAUAAUUCAGCGCAAUUGGUUGGGUCAAUGACGGAAGAAGCACUUCACCAUUUGACUGAAAAGCGUUAUGGUAGCCGGUUUGGGGCGUUGGCCCGAGAAUCCGACGCUGAUGGCGCUGCUGGUACCGGAUUACAUCCAGCCAGUGAGACCAGAAAGGGCAAACUCUCCUUCACCUCUCCAAAAAUCUAUGAUGGGCAGUCGUCCGGACAGAGAAUCAGGCAGUCGCCAUUGCCUAAUGAAGUAAGGAAGCGAUCAACCAUGGACGAAGGAGAGCAAGACAUAGGCCAAUGA